ACUGUUCGACGCCGCACUCACACCAGGUGGCAGACUCCUGAUUAUCGCUUCAGUUCGGCCUUGCACUCUGUCUUUGCACUCGUUUCCUAGUCCUGGAGUUGCUGUUGCAUGUGUUUGGAAAGUUUGUACAAUUUUUUUUCGUAAUCUCUCGGGACAUUGUCGGCAAAUAUUGGUAUUCUUCAGAGUUUUGUGUUGGUCUUCAAAAAAGCGCUCCCUACCAGCUAGUGUCGCAGCUACCGAAUGUCAACUUCAUGCAAUUUCACAAAAUUGUCUCAAUUCAAUUCUAAUUGUGUAAUUGCUUAGUUCACUUGAGAGCUUGCACACGGGAAAAAUCAUUUUCGGACGUGUAGCUUGUUCUAAUGCGAGUUUGGUGUUACUUGGAGCCCUUUAUUGCGGAAUUGGGGUUUGAUUGGUAUUAGGACAUCUGUCUACCAGUUAGGUCGUGGUGUGAUUCAGUGUUUAGUUCUAAGGGAUUGAUUGUGAGAAGUGAAAAUUGUUGCAAUCGUGAAAUUUGUUGCAAUCGUGAAAUGAGUUGUGGUAGAGGAGAGAUUAGGGUUAAGAAUUGGUGUUGAGUUGUUAAGGAGCGAUGGAGACUGGAGUAUUGUUGGAGAGCACAAAUGGAGAACAAACUGAUGAUUCUUCGUUUUGGAAGCUUUUGAUUCCGCGCGAGCGAAUUCUGUUUGUGGAUUCGCCACGGACGGAAGAGUUUGAAGUCUUUUUGAUAGCUUUGGAAGAGGCCAUGAUUGUAGCAAUGGAUGCGGAGUGGAAGCCUGUGCGAAGAGCUGGCGUUUCGCCGCGCGUUUCGAUUAUGCAGAUUUCUUGCCGCAUCAGGAAAGAGUCGAAAGCUUGGACGGCAAUGGAAAAAAUUCUUUUUGCGAGGAAAAUUAGGGCAGAGGCUGAAGAGAGCUUGAGUGCUGAGAAAUCGAUUGUGGAGAGGCAGCGAGAGGAGCUGGAGAACCAGCGACUAGAGCUUGAGAUGGAGAGGGAGAAGAUGCAGGAGGAGGUUGAAAAAGAGAAGCGAAAGGUGAGAAUGGAGUGGAAGAAUUUGAAGAGGGAGAGAGCGGAGAAGAAAAAGCGUGAUCGGAAAGAGAGGGAAGAAAUGUUGAAAGAGGCACGAAAUGCCAAACAGCAACAUCAUGAAGAAACGCACGUUGACAAUCGAUCCACGCUGACGAAGCUUGAGGAUGGCUUGAAAUACCUUAUUCUAGGAAGAAAUGGAGAGAUUUGCGAGCUGGCGGAUGAUCUUUCAGGCUGUGACCAAAAGUCCGCGGAAGAGGGUGUCACCCCGAAGAAUGUUACUACUGGAGACCCCGAGCAGAAUGUGGACAAUCUACUCGAGGUGCUUGCUCAGGCACAGAAGGAGUUAAUGAAACAUGAUGAAGGUGAACAACCUGCAGAACAUACAGAAGCCAAGUUAGCCAAAUUAAGUAAGGAUGAUUCUCGAGAUGCUGAAUCGAAUUAUAUCUUUCCUGAAAAUGAAAAUGUGUUGAAGAAAGACGGACUCAGGAGUAAAGACACAGAGGUUGAGGAAAAUAGAGUGAACAGGAAUUUUGAUGGGAACCGUUCGUCCCAAGGCAACGACAUUGAACGCUCACGACAACCAAGCGAUGAUACUGGAGAGACGGAAUCCAGAAGUCCGAAAAUGCAAGUUUCAGAAAUAGGAGCUGACGUGGGUAGAGCUGAUGACCAGAUCACAUCAGUAUCAGAUGGAGAAGAUGAUCCUGAUAUUGAUCAUGAAUUCUCCGAUGCUGGUGAGGAUGAAUUUGAAAUGGAUGUGCAGGAUAUAAAAGUGGUUGAGGAAAUUGAGUCAGUACCGGUGCUCCCUAGACGCACAGACGAAUGGAAAGGGGAAGAACUUACACCGGAAGAGAGCGAAUUCAUCACUGGAGAGGAAGUUAUUUUUGUAUUGGAUUUGCUUGCUCUUUCAGCAGCAGAUUUUGCAUUUCCAUUGAAAACAAUGUUGUGUUCACCUAGAAUUUUGAAGCUGGGAUUCGCGUUUAAGCAAGAUCAGCUCCACCUCUCUGCUUCUUUUCCUGGCCCAGAAGCAAAUGGAUGCUUUGAUAAGGUGGAGCCUUACAUUGACAUUGCUAAGUUGUAUAAAGAGUUUCUUCAUGUAAAUUUUUCUAAUUUAAAGCACAAGGGGAAGAGGUUUGUGUUAGGAGGAACACAUAGCCUUACUGCGAUUUCGAAAGCAGUUCUUGGUCACCCUUUGUGUAAGGAUGCUCAGUGCAGUAAUUGGGAGCAACGGCCUCUUUCACAAGAUCAAAUUCUUUAUGCUGCAGCUGAUACACACUGUUUACUUGCUCUAUUUGACACAUUGCUAUCCGAUGCCUUUGCCUUGAUCAGUCCAGCUCCAACCCUUGUUGAAGCAGGUGAUAAAGCAGGUUCGAUGAUUCAACAGCGAGCAUCGAGCCUUCGCGAAUUUAGAGAACCAGGACUAAAGCUUUUCACAGGUAAGAUCCGUGAGACAGUUCCCGCCACUCCCGCAGGCUACAUCUUUUCUCCAAGGAUGGGCAGUGCCACAGAAAUGGUUGAAGCUGCCCUCCGACCCUCACCACCAUCGUCACCGCUUGAGCCUGUUGGGACUGUCAAACAGGAAACUUCAUCCGAAAGGUAUGCCAAGUUCGUAAAGAAGUACUCAGAGCGUUUGCUAGUUAAUGAGGAAAGUCGUAGCAGGUCACGUGCGCGAAGGCCCAGAGCUCGACGUGCUAGAGAAUCACUUAAGAAUCCAGAUGAUGCAUUAAAUCUGGACUGGGUUGGACCUGCACCUUGGGAUGUAAGGAUAGGUGGAGAUGGAACACCGAAAUUCUUGUGUGAUGUAAUGGUUGAAGGAUUGGCUCGACAAUUGCGUUGUGUUGGGGUUGAUGCAGCAUCAUCUCCUACUAAGAAAAGUGAUCCAAGGCAAUUGGUUGAGCAAGCGACAAGAGAAGGUCGAAUAUUGCUGACAAAAGACAUCAAACUGCUGCGCCGGCGACUGAUGCCUGACAAUCUGUCAUAUUUUGUCAAGAAAUCAGGGAAAUGGGAGCAACUCGAAGAGGUGAUGGAAGUGUUUCAAAUCACGGUAUCUGAAUCAGAGCUACUGUCAAGAUGCGUCAAAUGCAAUGGAGAGUUUACUCCGAGACCUCUUACAUCUAUAGAAGCUAAGGCCCAAGCUCCUGCAACCCAGGAUAUUCCAACAUCUGUGCUAGAAACUUGUGAGGAGUACUGGCAAUGCUCCAUGUGUGGUCAUCUCUUUUGGCAGUUGCAUUAUUUCUUUAGAGAGCGGUUGCGUUCUCUAAUUCACUCGGCAGACAAUCUAGAGGGGACGGCAUCUGCACCUUAAGGCCAUUGGGCACUCAGUUCACUCGAGCUAGGCAACAAUUUGCUGCUGUAUGCGUGAAUGCUAAGCACGAGGACUCAAUUCUAGAUGAUCGGCCCAUACAACCUUUGGACAUCGCCUACGAGUUUCUCGAGGAACCUGAGACGACAAUUGUUCAUUUUAGUAUCUAAAAACUAUGAACUAUCUCUCUCGAUCUCUGCGCACAUGUACUCUGUUACAGGAAUGAUGACUCUCUUUUGGCAUUCUUCAAGAAGCACUGAAUAGCGUAGUCAAUUAUCUUUGCUUCGAAGCUGGGAAUCAUUAACGAACCUUAGUUGUACAGUUUUGCGGAAUCAAUUCCUCUCGUUCGCUUUUUGCAACCCAUGAAUGAGCAAGCUUGCUCUGGUUGAUUUAAUA